CUAUGAGAAUGAAUACGAACUGCAAUCAGAUGCUGAAGGAUUGUGUGUGGCUGAAAUGAAGGCCCUUUCAAGGGAUAUCAGAAGAAAUUUCGGCGAAUUUGAACUUGCCAAUUUUGAGGAUAUUGAUGCCGAU